AUGCAACUUUGCUCUCUUUAUAAUGAACAACAAGAGUCAAGAAGAAACAUCUACUCAAACCUAACCCAGAUCUACCAGGCAGUACAGAAAUUUAAACAAGAGCUGAAGGAUUUUCAGUCUUUUUCUUGUCUACUCAUGAAAAAUUUCCAACAUCAUUACCAGGACUGUGUUUCUCAGAUAGCAGAUGCCGUUCAAGGAACACAGCUGGAAAAUGAGAAUCUGCAAUUAUUUCAGGCCAGAGCAGUUGAUCUUGAGCAGUCCUUACAGGAAAUAAAUGAGCGUUAUCAAGUUGAAAAACAGAAGAGAAAAGCACUUCACAACAAUCUGGUGGAACUGAGAGGAAAUAUCCGAGUGCACUGCAGAAUCCGCCCUUUGCUGCCUUUCGAUACUGAAUCUGGAGAUCCAGCCCUUCAAAACAGGUCCAUAUCACUUUCCGAAAAGGUGGUACAUGCAACUGAUGAUGAAACUGUCCUGGUGAGAUGCAGUCGAACCGGUCACCCUUUGAUCAAUAAGACAUUUCAAUUUGAAAGAGUUUAUAGUCCUUUAGAAUCUCAGAAGAUAGUGUUUGGGGAUGUGUGCCCCCUGAUUACAUCUCUCUUAGAUGGGUAUAAUGUUUGUAUUAUGACUUAUGGACAGACAGGGAGUGGAAAGAGCUAUACCAUGCUGGGACCGCAUUCAGAAAGUGAUCCUAUUUCACCAUCAGAAGAUGACCAGGAGAUAGGAAUCAUUCCCAGAGCAGCUGGAGAGCUUUUCAGACUUCUUUCAGAAAAUCCAACAGUAAACCCCAGGGUUGAGGUUUCUGUGGUUGAAAUAUAUAAUAAUGAACUCUUUGACCUUCUGGCCAAAGACAGCUCUGGAACAAUAUUUGGUGUGAAGCGUGAUGUAAUCACAACCAAGGAAGGAAAGAGUAAUGUACCUCUGUUGACCUAUGAGCUUGUAGAAAGUACUGCUGAAUUUAUGAAGCUAAUCAACAAAAGCCUGCAGCUCAGAGUGAAACACCCCACACUGGUUCAUGCUGAUUCCUCACGUUCUCACUUGGUGGUUACAGUUACUCUCACAGUAUCUGUCCCUUUUGAUAGCUUCGCAGAUCAACAAUCAAGUCAAAAGCUGUAUAAAGAGAUACUCUGUACCACUCCUCAGAAAGUAAUGAAAGGUGAGAAGCCCAGCUUCUCUCCCCGAGGUCUUUCUCCAGCACCAAUCCCCCUGGAUCCCACAGAGCAACAGAAGCAAAUCCAAACCAAGUUACAACUUGUGGACUUGGCUGGCAGUGAAUGCAUUGGUAUGUCUGGAGUGACGGGGACAAUCCUGAGGGAGACCUCCUUUAUAAAUCGAAGCUUAGCAGCCCUCGCUGAUGUUCUAGGAGCCCUGUCAGAACACCGGGGUCACAUUCCAUACCGGAACAGCAAACUCACCCACCUACUCCAAGAUUCCAUUGGGGGUGAUGCGAAGUUAUUGGUGAUGCUCUGUGUGUCCCCUUGCCAGAAGUAUUUGGCAGAAACAUUGCAGUCCCUGGGGUUUGGAAGCCGAGCACGGCAAGUUCAGAAAGUCCAAGCCAAGAGAAGAAAUCUGCUUGUGUCAGGCAAAUCCAAAUGA